UCAAAGUCAGAAUAGAGAUGGCAUACCCAUUAAUCCGAAAUGCGGCUACACGUUAAUAAUAGUCUUAAACUCGAACGUUCCCAUCGGUGUCGAGCAUUUACUUUAAUAAAUCCCUUCAAAAUAUAAUCUUCAUCCCUACAUUUCUUUGAUUCUUUCCGUAAUUUCGAUUUGAUAUUAAAUAAACAUCAAGUCUAUACAAAUGUAUGGUAAUAGCAGAGGCUACUAUUUAAUACUUGCAAAUAUCGUUAAGCAUCGAUUGCUAAAUUGUAUUGUAUAGAUAUGUGAUUAGCUCAAUAAAUACAGGCUGGUCUAGAUGGCAUAGGGAAAAUAAAUCAAACAUAAAAUUGCGGAUAUAAAAUAUAAUCAACGGCAAAAAUGUUUUACUCUACAAGGAAAAAUACUACCGACAACGUACGAAAAGAAACUUACAGUUCUGUCGAAAAUCUCCCAAAAAUGUAGCCAAUAAUGUCAGUGUUUUCCGGUGAAGAUAAAAUGAAACCAAGAACCGGUCUAGGGCAAGAAAAACCCAAACGGCUAAAAAAGAAAUGUCCACAAAAAAUCAUAAAAAAUGUUGAAAGAGCGCUUGGUUCCUUAUUAGGGGAAGAUACAAUAUUUAUUCCUCGUCUCUUGGGAUGAAGCGUUUCCAUCUAUUGUCCUCCCAUUUCUCUAUGCCGAUGCUUAAUUUUCAAAACUUCUAUAUUACCAAGGGACCUACGACAUCAGCUAAAGAAAUACCCAGCAAGUACAAAAUCUGAACCAGGGAGCCGCUUUUGUGCAGAGGGGAAAUUCAUUUCAUCCCGGUUUUCACUGCUCCGAGAGAGGAAACCCUAUUUUUCACAAUCUACUUUGGAUUAAAAAACAAAAGCAAAACAUUUAUUUUGGUAUAGUGCACCAAACCGGGUUAUUGGAUCGCGAAAAUGUCAACAACUUUUCCAGGACUGGUGCACGAUGCUGAGAUACGUCACGAUGGAUCAAACAGCUAUCGUUUGAUGCAACUCGGAUGCCUGGAAUCAGUGGCCAACUCGUCUGUCGCUUACUCCUCGUCGUCUCCGCUCACAUACCCCGCUACUGGAACCGAGUUCGCGUCCCCUUACUUUUCAACAAACCAUCAGUAUACGCCGCUGCAUCACCAGUCCUUCCACUAUGAGUUCCAGCACAGUCACCCGGCGGUAAAUCCCGACGCCUACUCCCUGAACUCCCUGCACCACUCUCAGCAGUACUACCAGCAGAUCCACCAUGGGGAACCCGCCGAUUUCAUAAACCUCCACAACGCGCGAGCUCUAAAAUCCUCGUGCCUGGACGAGCAGAGAAGAGAGUUAGGUUGCCUUGAUGCAUACCGCCGGCACGAUCUUUCGCUAAUGAGCCACGGGUCCCAGUAUGGUAUGCACCCAGACCAGAGACUGCUGCCGGCAUCAGGGUUAGGUCUACCGCCACCGGGAGCCGACGAUUUACAGAGUUCGGUGGAAGCGCAGUGCGGACUGGUAUUAAACGGGCAAGGUGGCGUGAUUCGAAGAGGGGGCACGUGCGUGGUCAAUCCGACAGACCUGUUCUGCUCCGUGCCCGGCCGGCUAUCUCUGCUCAGCUCCACCUCCAAAUACAAAGUGACAAUCGCCGAAGUGAAAAGACGCCUCUCGCCGCCGGAAUGCCUCAACGCCUCCCUACUGGGCGGCAUAUUGCGAAGAGCAAAAUCCAAAAAUGGCGGCCGGUGCUUACGGGAGAAGCUGGACAGGCUGGGGCUGAAUCUGCCGGCCGGGAGGAGAAAAGCCGCCAACGUCACCCUGCUCACCUCCCUGGUGGAAGGUGAGGCUCUCCACCUGGCCCGGGAUUUCGGCUACACUUGCGAGACGGAGUUCCCCACCAAAGCCGUGGGGGAGCACCUGGCCCGGCAGCACGCCGAGCCCAAGGAGCAGGCGGCACGAAAGAAGAUGGUGUUAGCCACCAAACAAAUCUGCAAAGAAUUUCAAGACUUACUCAGCCAAGACAGGUCGCCUCUCGGGUCUUCGAGACCGACGCCGAUACUUGACCUCGACAUCCAGAGACAUCUAACCCACUUCAGCCUAAUAACUCACGGAUUCGGCACCCCAGCCAUCUGCGCGGCUCUGAGCACCUUUCAGACAGUUCUGAGCGAAAUGCUGAACUACCUGGAGAAGCACACGACGGGAAAGAACACGGGAACGCCGGACUCCGCACAGCUGAACUCCGCCGCAGAGAAGACUGCCCUGCGGAAAACCGGAGAAUCUCAGUCUAAAGACGGGAAGCUGGAGAAGAUGGAAUAACUACACCUUUCCGGGGAAAGCCGUUUGGGAAUGGGGGGCCGCAGGUGUGGGGGGAGGGGGGGAUUUCAUGCUGCUGAAAAUGUAUAGUUCUGGGAAACAUGGACCAAACUCCUUUUUGGGCAGGGUCGGUUUUAGCAGGAUGGGGGAAGAAGAAAGCCCAGGGUCCCCCAACUAGAACCCCCCCCCCUUCAGCUAUGAGCCCCCAAAACCCCCACACCUCCUCCUGUGUGUACGUGUGAGGAGAAGCACUGCAGCUGGGAACUGAGCUGGGCUGUGCGUGUGGAGAGGUCACACAGGCACUCAGGCCCAAACACAAUGCCAUCCCUGCACUACCCUUCCCCUCCCAAAGGGGGUGCUGAAAAUGAACAUAGGCCUGGGAGGGGCUCCACUCCUCUGUUUACUCCUACGUGUUCUGAAAGAAAAAUUCAGCUUUUCCUGUGCUCUGUUCUUUAAAUGAAAGCAAACAGCUGUGCUCAGACCCAGGCAUAAAAGCAACUGCAGUCAUAAUUAUUCAUUUGGAGCGUACUGCUUGGCAACAGGUUAGUCACUGCUUGGCUCAGAACAGGAUGAGCAGUAUUAGGUGGAAUACUGGGUGAAAAAACUGUAAUUAACUCUGGAGAAUUUAUUACUCAUUUAUUUUAUCAAAGUUUUUUGGAAGGAUAUAUUGUCAGAGCCUACUGCCCCCCCCCUCCCCGACCCCACAACAGCCCCCCCAAACACACAGAUAAGCUAUGGAAGGCAGUGGAGAAUCUCCCAGACCUACAACUCCAUUUCCCACGUCCACCCCCCCACUUUGCCCCCAUCGUUUUUGUGAUGGGGGGGGGAGGGGGGCGCCCCACUCUGAAACUUUGACUUUGUACCCCCAAACCCUAAAACCGGCCCAGUUACUGGGGUAUUUCACAUCAUGAGAGAGAGUCAUACCUUGAGCAAACAACCUCCUACAGCCGCCCGAUUCAUCUGACGUCUCAAACCACUGAGAGCGUCUCAUAUCACAUGACUAAUAAGCAGCAGGAUUAAGGUUUAAAGGCUGUAUGUAGGCUGUGGCUGAAUGUACCGAUCCAGACAGAAGCCGUGGAUGUGCGGACAUGGCAUGACUCUACAGUCGGUCUGAGAAGUGCUCUGUGAAAUACCCUGCAGAAGAACAGACACCUGUAAGCUUGUAAAGAUGUCACUUUUUGCCAUUCCCUACUGUACUUUGUGCAUGUUAAUCUUAUUUGUACACUAUUUAUGAACAGAUAAUCAACUCAAGUUCUACAGCAGAACACUGUCACAUGACCGUUCCAAAACAUCUGUAAAAAUAUGUAUAAAUGACAACUUUUCUUGUAGGUUUAAAAGACAGUAUAUAUGAAUCUUCCUUACCUAAAGCAAAUGCCACUCGUCAAUAAAGCAAGUUGUUCUAA